AUGUUAUUUUUCAAUACGGUGCAAGAGCAAACCAAAACCACGGCGUUGCACCAACUGACCAACUCCAAAGGCGAGUGGUUCAAUGUGCUGGUGGGGGACUUCAGCACACCCACGCGGUGUGUGGUGGUGGCGCAGCAGAUUCACGACGACGAGGCGUAUGGGAUGGUCGGGUCGCGGCAGCGGACGCGCAUGCUGUGGUACGACUUUGAGUAUAUUGCGAGCGCGGGGCGGUGGAUGUAUCGGACUUUGUAUAUCAACAGCCAAACGUUUGUUCGAGACGGGACGCUGUCCCCGUUGAGCGUGGAAGCCAACGAUUUUGACAUGCCAAAGCAUAUGCAUCCCCAGGAUGAAGCCGCGUUCCGACGGCAGGCCAAGACCCACAUCCAGCACAUCUACGACCUUUCAUGUGACACAUUGCAAAAGAUUCAAAUCUGA